GCACAUGCAUGGCUCCCGAAGCGCGCAGCGUGGCAAUCGGCGGUGCGCUGUGUCCCUCGGACACAGCGGAUCACUGAUCCACAGAAAGAGCUGAAGAUGUUGGCUCGGUCAUGGGAUCAGCUGUGUCCAAUCACAGCUGAUCACAUCAGCGCCACCUGUCAAUGUCCAUCAGUGCCAACUCUCAGUGCUCAUCCAUGCCACCUGCCAGUGCCCAUCAGUGCCACAUCAAUGCCACAUAUCAGUGCCCAUCUGAACUGCCUUUCAGUGUCACCCAUUAGUGCCAGUCAGUGCCACCUAUCAAUGCCAGUCAGUGCCACCUAUAAGUGCUGCCAUUCAGUGCCACCUAUCAGUGCCAGUCAGUGCCGCCUAUCAGUGCCAGUCAGUGCCGCCUAUCAGUGUGCAUCAGUGCCACCUAUCAGUGCUCGUCAAUGCUGCCUAUCAGUGCCACCUAACAGUGCCAGUCAGUGCCACCUAACAGUG